AAACGCAGCUGAAUGGAGCUUAAAGGGCCACAGAUGAAAGAACUUGAACACGUUUCUGAAGGUUUAAGAUGUGUCUGACAGUGACCUCCUUACCUUAGUAAUAAAGAAGAGUUUUUCACCAGGAGCUUAGGAUAUCUUUACUCCAACUUAUUAAUAUACUAACUGGAAUGGUGUUCUGACAACAAUUCUCCGUAGUAAAGUACUUACCCUACUACAGAACAGUAUUAUUUUCUCUACUGAUAAUGCAACUCAAUGGAGGAAAAUAAUGUUUUGAUAAGCAUGCGUGAAGAUCGUUCCUUUCAUGUGCGAUACAGGAGAAUAAACAUAAAUGUUGCAGGAUGGAGGCUUCCUGCCUGGAGCUGGCUUUGGAAGGUGAGCGCCUGUGUAAAGCAGGGGAUUGCCGAGCUGGUGUGUCUUUCUUUGAAGCAGCUGUUCAGGUUGGAACUGAAGAUCUAAAAACACUCAGUGCUAUUUACAGCCAGUUAGGCAAUGCCUAUUUCUACUUGCAUGAAUAUGCAAAGGCCUUGGAAUACCAUCACCAUGAUUUAACUCUUGCAAGGACAAUUGGAGAUCUACUGGGAGAAGCUAAAGCUAGUGGGAAUCUGGGCAACACCUUAAAGGUACUUGGGAAUUUUGAAGAAGCUAUUGUUUGUUGUCAAAGACAUCUGGAUAUUUCCAGAGAGCUUAAUGAUAAGGUUGGAGAAGCAAGAGCACUAUAUAAUCUGGGAAAUGUAUAUCACUCUAAAGGGAAAAACGUAGCUAGUGCUGGGACUCAUGAUCCAGGGGAGCUUCCAGAUGAUGUGAAAAAUGCUUUACAAAAAGCUGCAAAUUAUUAUGAAGAAAACCUGACAAUAGUAACAGAGCUGGGUGAUAGAGCAGCACAAGGACGUGCCUUUGGAAAUCUGGGGAACACACACUAUCUUCUGGGCAACUUCAGGAGUGCAGUUUUAGCCCAUGAACAGCGUCUCCUAAUUGCAAAAGAAUUUGGUGAUAGAUCAGCGGAAAGAAGAGCGUACAGCAAUCUUGGAAAUGCCUACAUAUUCCUGGGUGAAUUCGAAACUGCUUCUGAAUACUACAAGAGGACAUUACAGCUGGCUCGGCAGCUUAAGGACAGAGCUGUGGAAGCACAGGCCUGCUACAGCCUUGGGAACACCUACACUUUGCUCCAAGACUAUGAAAAAGCAAUCGACUAUCAUUUGAAACACCUUGUGAUUGCUCAGGAAUUGAAUGAUAAAAUUGGUGAAGGAAGAGCGUGCUGGAGCCUAGGGAACGCGUACACGGCUCUGGGAAAUCACGACCAAGCCAUGCAUUUUGCAGAAAGGCACUUGGAGAUCUCAAGAGAGGUAGGAGAUAGAAGUGGGGAACUCACUGCUAGGCUUAAUCUCUCAGAUCUUCAAAUGGUUCUUGGAUUAAGCUACAGCACAAACAACUCCAUGAUGUCAGAAAGCCAUGUGGUAGAUAACAAUCUGAAUGGUACCAGACCGAGAGUAGGACGCCGUCACAGUAUGGAGAACAUGGAACUUAUGAAAUUAACACCAGAAAAGGUGCCGCACUACAGUUCAAUUAGAAGACUGACCAGUAACAGCACUAACCUGCUUCAGGUUCAGAACUGGAACAGUGAGAUUCUUGCUAAACAGAAACCACUGGUUGCCAAACCUUCAGCAAAACUGCAUUUUGUAAAUCGACUAAAAGGCAAAAAGUACAAAAACGGCACCACUUCCAAAGUUUUGCAGGAUGCCAGUAAUUCUAUUGAUCAUCGACUUCCAAACUCCCAGAGGAAAAACAGUCGAGAGGCAAUGGCAGAUGAAGGGUUCUUUGAUCUGCUGAGUCGGUUCCAGAGUAACAGGAUGGACGAUCAGAGAUGCUACUUCCAGGAGAAGAACAGAUUCCCAGCUGCUUCAGUGGCAACAUCCUCUACUCCACCUAAAACAAUGAGAAAAUCCUUCUCUACUUCUGUGGUGUCGCCGCACACGGAUGAAUUUCUCGACCUGCUGGCCAGCUCCCAGAGCCGCCGGCUGGACGACCAGCGCGCCAGCUUCAGCAACCUCCCCGGGCUGCGCCUGAACCAGCGCAGCAGCCAGGCCGUGCUGGGGCACCUCAUGGCGACUAACAACAGGGAACUGGACGACGACUUCUUCGAUAGAUUGAUAAAGUGCCAGGGUUCCAGACUGGACGAUCAAAGAUGUGCUCCUCCACCAUCUGCAAAAGGACCCACCGUACCAGAUGAGGAUUUUUUCAGCCUAAUUUUACGAUCCCAAGCUAAAAGAAUGGAUGAACAAAGAGUCCAUUUGCCCUCAACUAUAAAGGAACCAAAUUCUAGCUGAAGAAAGAAACCAGCACGUCCUGUACAGUAGCACCUGAGGUACUGGUUUUGUUUGCUGGAAAAACAUACAUGCCUUUUUACAGGAGACUGCAAGUCGUAGUUUUGUCCCCUUUCUAGUAAUUUUUUAUAUCAAUAGCAGCAGCAUCACACUUGUGAGCAGUAGUUAGAGUUGCCGCUGUUCUUUGCAGCUGGCAGCUGCUUUUAGCAGCGUCCGAGGUACUGAUCACUGGAUCUCCCUCUAACUGCCUCUAGUCUAUGAACAGCAGUAGGAAAUUCUUCCCUGUCAAGGUACUCUCAUUGCUGGUGGGUGGAUUCUACCACUGUCUCCAUCUAGUGUAAGACCUGAAUUUGUAUGUUAUUUUCAAAGAAAACUUGAUUAUUUUUUUUCCUGAUUUGUACCUCCCUGGAGAAAGGUCUUGUUUUCUUUUAUACGUUUUUUUAAAAAUAAAAAAAAAUAAUUGAGAAACAACUUCA